ACCCGGAAGGAGCGGAGCAGUCGGGGCCGCGGCGGCGGCGGCGGAUGAUGAUAAUGAUGAAGACGAGGAGGAUGAGAGGAUGCUGGUGACCCAAGACAGCAGGAACGAGCAACCCCAAGACCACGCUGCACGUGCUGACAGCUGAGAGCUGCUUUUCCUGUCUGCUUCAGUCCUACACCAAGGUGUCAAAGCUGCAGUGCCAGUGGAUUAUGACUGCAGGGGAGCUGUGUUGCAUCUACAAAUCACUGUUGUGCAUCAAGGGCACAUCUGAGCAGGCAUCUCUUACUGGAAGAAAACAGUUGCAAGCUCUUCUCCUCGUCUGUAGGCGCAGAAAGUGCCCUGUGCUGUGGGUGAAAGGGGUACAAGGUGGACAUGAGACCAGCAGCUAGGUGGAGGCUCAGAGAGCCACUGUGCAGACUGAAGAGCUGGAGAGAAUGGUGAAGAGGUUCAGAGGCACACCGUGAUGGUGGGAGCCAUUCCACAGCAGCUACCCUGCUUCUGGGGGGUUCCUGGCUGGCAGGUAUCUUCAGCUAGUUGUGCCAACAACCACCCACUGUGGGACAGGGAAGUUAAUCCGGAGCAAAGCGGGGUUCUGCUGCAGAGGGAUGCUGUGCUGCAGUGCACCCCAUAGCAGAGGGCCCACCCAGAAAUCCUGAGCGAGGCAGGGUCCAGCUCCCAUCCCCUGCCCUCGCACCCUGACCUGUGGCACUUUACAGUCCCCCUCCUGCUGUUGCAUGGGUUGUUCUGACUCUGGCUCCACUUGGAGUCUAGGAAAGUAAGGCUCCAUGCGGCACAUCCACGCGGAGACGUCCCUGCCCCCAGGGCACAGCACAGACCCCAGCCUGUCUCAGCCCAGUGGAGAGGUGCCCUUGGAACCUUCCUCACAGCACUGCACCCACCGUGGCAUCCUCAUGGGCUACAACGAGACAGAGAUCAAGCGCCAGAAGGUUUACCAGGUCUCCAUCUUCUCCCAUCUCUCCAACUCCUCUGAGAGCACAGAGCAACGGGCAGGCAGCUGGCCGGCUGUCAAGAGGAGUUACCCUGAGCAGCGAACUCCAGACGGGGGGCGAGAUCCCAAACGAACUCACUGGGGUGGAGGUGGGGUGGAUGGCAGGCGCGAUGGGGGCCCUGGGCAGGCUUCCCUGGACGAUGAUGAUACCUUCGAGGAUGGUCUGCUGGUGGAGGAGCUAUCCCUGUGCGGCUCUGCCCAGCACUUCUCCCACAGCGGGCUGCGAGUGGUGGAGCACCGGUGUGAGAGCAGCCCUAGCCGCAGCCCCAGGACCAGCAGAGAAGACAACGUCUCCUCGUCCUCCUCCUCCUGGCCCCAGCACAUUGCUUGCACUACUUUGCACACAAGAGACAGUUGCCGUGUCUCAUCGGGGGAUCAGCCCACAGACUAUGGGGAGAAUGGGGAUCGGGCAAGUGGCCACAACUUGCUUCACCUUGAUUUGCAUAAUAUUGCACAAACAGGCAGGUUGGACUCUGGUGGGAAGAGAGAGAAGCCAGGGAGCAGCCCAGCUCACAAUAGCAGGGCUAGCGGAGAAGAGGAAUGGCCAGCGGUGGCCAAUGGGUGCAAGGAGCCCCCAGCUCUGCAGACAGUGCUCAGCCCUGACCUCAGCAACCUGAGCUCCCUGGAGAAGACACCCUGCAGGAGCAGCCAGCUCAGCGGCAGCAGCUGCCCAGCCAAAAGGAAGCUGCUGCCUGCUGGUGAGGCUGUGGCCGACUCCUGCUCUGAGGAUGAAGGCCUGUCCCCACCAGCAAGGAAGAGGGUCCUGCCAUGCCAUCCAGUGCCCACAGCCUGCCGCAGCACUGAUGCCAAGGGGGCCCCAUUCUGGAAUCACCUGCUUCCCACAGCCAAGACAUCUGCAGAUUGCACUGCGGUCGGGAGGAGGCUGAAGAGCGGGCUGCGCCUCAAAUCGCGACAUCUCCGGAGCAGCCUCCGGAGGGGCACCAGAUCCUCCGCAGCACCCUGGACCACCACCACCGUCAGCCAUGCACUCCUGGGCAACUUUGAGGAGUCCAUCCUGAAAGGGCGCUUUGCACCGUCGGGGAGGAUCGAGGGGUUCAUGGCAGAGAUUGGUGCCAGUGGCUCCUACUGCCCCCAGCACGCCACCCUGCCCGUCGACGUCACCUACUUCGACAUCUCUGAACACAGUGUGCCCUCGCCUUUCCUGGGAGUGAUUGACUUGGAGGCCUUGGGAAAGAAGGGUUACAGUGUCCCCAAAGCUGGAACCAUCCAAGUGACCUUAUUUAACCCCAACAAGACUGUGGUGAAGAUGUUCUUGGUGACGUACGACUUCCAGGACAUGCCGGCCAACCACAUGACCUUCCUACGCCAUCGCAUCUUCCUGGUGCCUGUCGGGGAGGAGGAAGGGGCCACCGCAGCCCCCAGCAACCCACCGGGCUCUGGCCUGCCUCGCAGGGUCCUUUGCUACCUGAUGCAUCUGAGGUUUCACAGCUCCAAGUCGGGGAAGAUCUACCUUCAUGAUGACAUCCGGCUGCUUUUCUCCCGCAAGUCAAUUGAGGUUGACUCGGGUAUCCCUUAUGAACUGAAAUCCUUCACGGAGAUGCCAAGGAAUCCCUGCUACUCACCCCGGGCCUGACCUCCCCCAUCCCCCAGGGCCACCAGGGAGCCUCCAGCCCAGCACUUCAGGGAGAGAUGAGUAAAGGGCCAGCAAGCAAGCACUGCCUUGCAGUAUCGCCCUCUCCACGCACCCUGGCCCUCCUGAGCAGCACAGAUGCUGUGCCUGUGCCCUGCACCAGGGCUGAGAUCACUGAGGGGGCUUCACCAGGAGGGGCAUGGGCUGGGGGGCAGCCCUGGCAGCCCUGGUAAUCCAGGGGCAUACCCAAAGCCUUCUGCUGGUGCUGCUCCCAGCUUGGAGACUUGGGUGUAGCUGGCGGAGGGAGGAGUGAAGAUUUGGGCCAGGGGCUCUAGGUGAGGCUGGCUGUGCUGGUCCCAGAAAGUGUGGAAAAGUUUGUAUUUAUUAGUAUUUAUUGUUGCUGGGAGUGCAGAGGAGGCUUGUGCAGAGGAUUGGAGAUGCUGCAAUGUUCACCCCCCCGACCCUGUCGGUGCUGGAUGAAGCCCCUGGCAGGGUGGGGCUGUCUGGGUUGGGGCAGGGCUGUGGGGACUGCGAGGGUGACCGGGGAUGGGAGCACCUUGGCCUGGGGGGAGAGGGUGACCUAUCUUGGCCAGGGUGCAGGGCCUGGGCCCAGGCUGUGUUAAAACCCCAAGGAAAAGCUGAGACUUGCUGGGUACUAAUGGCCUGCCAUGGAUCCUGGAGCUAAGGGGACAUGUCUGGCACACAUAUGGGGACCUGGGGCUCUCUGCAGGAACAGGGGGAGACUUCGCAGGAACCUCUGGAGCCCCCCGGUGCCAAGGGUCAGAGUGAAGUGGGACAUUGCCAAAACAUCAGAGCCUGGCACAUCUGUGUGCAUGGGGUGAAUCACAACGUGGAGCUGGCUGUGGGAAAGGGUCUGCUGGCAGUGUCACCAGUGCUGGAGGGAUGAGUGGGAGUCCUGGCUUAGUUCCCGGGAAGUGGGGAAGAGGCAGAGAACAUCAAUGGGAGGGGAUUUAGGGGUGCUCUGGAGCAGUGGCCUUUGGAAGGGGGCAAAGGCUGGGGUGUGUGAGAGGGCUGAGGGAAACCAGGGCUCACACAUACCCCAUCUGCAUCACCCCCUUGAGCUGGGCUUUGGACACCAGCCUAGGCCUGGGGAGCCCCAGCCCCUCUGCAGGGGCAAGGGAGGGACGGUCCCCCACACCGUCAGGCAGGGCUGGGCUCGACUGAGGGACAGGGUUUGGACAAGGGAAGCUGCGCCGGUACUUCUUGUCUUUGUUUCUAAUUUAAUAAAAGCCCGUUUGGAGAUUGA